GACAUCCAAGAGAAGAUCAACUUUGAAAUCCGCAUGCGAGAAGGCAUCUGUAAGCUGCUUGCAGUGAGCACACAGAAAGAGCAGCUCUUGCAAGCAGUUAAAAACCUGAUGGUUUGCAAUGCUCGGAUACACGCCUACAGGAGAGAGCUACAGAACCAAAGAGAAGAGUCCAUCUCCUGCAGGACCCAAGAACAGUCUUCAGUAAAUGGGAAAAAAGACCGAGUGGCAUGCAGAGCAAAGGUUGCUAUAUCAGAUAUUCGAAUACCGUUAAUGUGGAAAGACUCUGAUCACUUCAGCAGUAAAGAAAAAUCGCAGCGCUAUGCGGUGUUUUGUUUAUUCCGAAUGGGAGCUGAGGUUUUUGAUACAGAGGUGGCUGUGGUGGAUAAAGCAGUGACAGAUAUUUGCUUUGAAAAUGUGACCAUAUUUGAUGAAGCAAGACCAGAUUUCCAGGUGAAGGUUGAAGUGUAUAGUUGCUGUACAGAGGAGUCUUUAUAUGCAACAAACACUCCUAAGAAACUAGCGAAGAAGCUUAAAACAUCCCUCAGCAAAGCUACAGGGAAGAAACUCAAAGCUGCUCUGGAAGAAGACAGCACUGAAUCCCUUUUGUCUCCUGACCCAGUCAUCCAUGGAGCAAAGUACAGCCUGCUGGCAUAUACCACUUUGGGACUGGAAAGUGCUGAGGACAACUUCAGGACCCACAAUCUUACUGUUACUGGAAAUGAGGAAUCCUCUUUUUGGCUGUCCCUGUAUGGAAACAUGUGUUGCCGUUUAGUUGCUCAGCCAUCCUGCAUGGCUAGGGAUAUGAUGGCAGGAUUUCUUAAUCAGCAGCAAACGGUAGGAAGCCUGACUAGCUGGAGGAGGCUGUACUGCAUACUAAGAGGGGGCAAGCUCUUCUGCUACUACUCGCCAGAAGAAAUUGAGGCUAAACUGGAGCCAGCCUUGACAGUUUCCAUCAACAAGGAAACCAGGAUUCGAGCUGUGGAUAAGGACUCCAAGAGGAGAACUAAUAAUUUCACUGUUAUCAACCUCGUGUCUGGAGAGGCUGUGAUGCAACUUUUUGGUACUGACAGUAGGGAAGAACUUCAUAAGUGGAUGGAAGCUUUCUGGCAGCACUUUUUUGAUCUGAGCCAGUGGAAACAUUGUUGUGAAGAACUUAUGAAAAUUGAGAUUAUGUCACCACGGAAACCACCUUUGUUCCUGACAAAAGAAGCGACCUCUGUCUACCAUGAUAUGAGCAUUGAUUCUCCAGUGAAACAUGAAGGCUUAGCUGAUAUCAUACAAAGAAAAAUUGAGGAGAAUGAUGGUGAGUUCCUGCUUGGCCAGCAAAAAGAGUCUGCAUCUUGCCUAUGGGCUUCACUCUUUGAUGGAUCUCAUGAGAUGGUUGUUCAGAAAAACAUGCAUCUGGGCCCAAAAAGAGACCCUUCAAGUCCUAAUGAUAGCAGAGGAAAGAAAAGAAGAGCUCCACCUCCACCCCCCGAUAAGUCACCAUACGAUGCAAAAGCACAGGCAAACACAGAGCAAUUGGGCAAGGAAAACUGGGAGAAGUCUGGCUGCACAUCUGCCUUUGGUUCUUCCUUGGAUGCCAAGUUAUCUACGAAAACGCAGCAGUUGCAGACACCUAUUGCUGCUACUCGCAACAUUGGUUCUUGUAGGAAAAUCAGUUUAGAUGGCCAUGGGAAUCCCAUCUCAGUGGCGAACGAGACUGAGUCUGAAACCAAACCAGUACCAGCUCCUAGACAGAAAUGCAUCACAGACAGGUUAGACCCUAGAUCAUGGUUGCAGCCACAGACAUCAGAACUAGCUAAGAAGAGUUCCUCGAACUUUUAUGCUGAAGGGGAACUCCUGUUGGCCUCAUGGGUUAGAGCUUGGGGUAGCCCUGAUAAUUUAAAGGUAAAGUUGCUUCAGUUUGCUUUAAGGGAUCAUAUCAAAGCUGUGAUGAUCUCUUAA